AUGGGAGGUGCUGUGAGUGCCGGGGAGGACAACGACGAGCUCAUUGACAACCUGAAGGAGGCCCAGUACAUCCGCACGGAGCUGGUGGAGCAGGCGUUCCGUGCUGUCGACCGUGCAGACUAUUACCUUGACGAGUUUAAGGAAAACGCGUACAAGGACCUGGCAUGGAAGCACGGGAACAUCCACCUGUCUGCCCCGUGCAUCUACUCGGAGGUGAUGGAAGCCCUGGACCUGCAGCCUGGCCUCUCCUUCCUAAAUCUAGGCAGUGGCACUGGCUACCUCAGCUCCAUGGUCGGGCUCAUCCUAGGUCCUUUUGGUGUCAACCACGGGGUGGAGCUUCACUCCGAUGUCAUCGAGUACGCCAGGCAGAAGCUGGACUUCUUCAUCAAGACCAGCGACAGCUUUGACAGGUUUGAAUUCUGUGAACCAUCCUUUGUUAUUGGUAAUUGCCUGGAGAUUUCUCCCGACUGCAGUCAGUAUGAUCGUGUGUACUGUGGGGCCGGUGUGCAGAAGGAGCAUGAGGACUACAUGAAGAACCUGCUGAAAAUCGGGGGCAUCCUCGUCAUGCCGCUGGAAGAGAAGUUGACUAAGAUAACGCGCACUGGCCCUUCCGCGUGGGAGACCAAGAAGAUUCUGGCUGUUUCUUUUGCUCCUCUCGUGCAGCCCUGCCGCUCGGAGUCGGGAAAGCCAUGCCUCGUCCAGUUACCGCUGCUGGCGGUCCGCAGCCUCCAGGACCUGGCCCGCAUUGCCAUCCGGGGUACAAUCAAGAAGGUCAUUCAUCAGGAGACAGCGAACAAAAAUGGAAACAGACUGAAGAACACCCCCAGGUUCAAACGCCGGCGAGUUCGUCGCCGUCGCAUGGAAACCAUAGUCUUUUUGGACAAAGAGGUCUUUGCCAGCCGGAUUUCCAAUCCUUCUGAUGACGCCACUGGUGAAGACUGGGAAGAGGAGCAGCAGGCAGACGAGGACAGGGCCGCACCGGAAGUGAAGCCAGAUCCCCCGGUGAACUUCUUACGUGAGAAGGUCCUGAGCCUCCCUUUGCCUGACCCUCUCAAGUAUUACCUGCUCUACUACCGAGAAAAAUGA